GUUAGCUGUCAGUGGUGCUGUCCUCUACUCUCUCUUUCCGGCAUCUUUACGAUCCGUGCGUGAACACACUUUUUGGAGUGUUCAAUAAUUUUGAUUUCGCCGAGUUUCUGAACCUCCCAAAAUGCCGCCAAAGUUCGAUCCGAAUGAGAUUAAGCACGUGUACUUGCGUUGCGUUGGUGGAGAAGUAGGAGCUACCUCGUCCCUCGCCCCGAAAAUCGGUCCGCUGGGUUUGUCUCCCAAGAAGAUUGGUGAUGAUAUUGCCAAGGCAACUGGCGAUUGGAAGGGAUUGAAGAUCACCGUUUGCUUGACGAUCCAGAAUCGGCAAGCUGCCAUUUCAGUUGUUCCCUCGGCUGCUUCCCUGAUUGUGAAAGCCCUGAAGGAACCGCCACGAGACCGUAAGAAGGUGAAGAACAUUAAACAUAAUGGUAACAUCACCUUCGACGAAGUGAUCAACAUCGCUCGCGUCAUGCGACCGCGAUCCAUGGCCCGGGAGCUGUCUGGCACAUGCAAGGAAGUGCUCGGAACGGCACAGAGCGUUGGCUGUACCAUUGACGGACGUGCGCCUCAUGACGUGAUCGAAGACAUCUCCAGCGGUGCGAUCGAGGUCCCUUCGGAGUAAUCCUGUCUUGUCCGUCGUUUGGGUGAAUACACACGUGUCUACGUUGCGAACGUGUUCAAUAAAAACAUUACUGUGUAACAAACAAA